AGAGAGAGAGGGGGGGGAAGGGGGUAGGGGAGCCGAGGCAUGAGUGCCUGUACGGAGCAACGGCAUUCGUACCGCACACUCACUCUGGCGCGGACGUGUGGCGGGUUGUCUCUCACUACCUGUGUGUCGGGGAAGCUUUCUUGACUCUGUGCCGCGGCCCGUAUUUAAAACCCUUCGACGCCCCCUGAUCCUCGGGUUUUCUCCCCCCCCCCAUUCCCCCGUCCCCCUCCCCAACAAAUAACCCCCCCCCCUUGAGGUCUGACUCUCGAGUGCUUCCCCCAAACCCGACUUCUUCUGCGGGAGUCGGCGUGUUGUGUGUCUCUCCCCCCUGCCGCUCCUUCCGCCCUUCAUCUCGCUGGUCUCCGACGGCGAGGCACCCCCGCUGCAUCAUAUUGCUGAGUAACGGUGUUGAAUAAUAUUCCGCCCAGUUUUUUUUUUUUCAACUAAAAAGAAUUUCGACUCUUGAGAAUCCACACGACAGCAACAGUAAAUUCGCGGCGCCAACUUCCCAGGUGUCCCAAAGGUGCUGACUAGUAGUUGGCGGUGAUCUUCAUGUGGCGAUAAUGAGAUCACUAUUGAGUUUAACGCUUUUCCUCGCCGCAGCUUACGGCUGUGGGGAGGUGAGCCCCAGAGCAGAGGUCGUUUGUUACUUCAAAGGUGACGUAACGGCGAAUGAUGUUGAUCCUUGCAAAUGCACGCUCCUCGUGGCCUCCGAUGUCAAGCUCGAUGAAAACCUGAAGCUCACUUCCGAUGUCGACUUCACCAAGCUCCGGUCGCUGAAGAAGAGAAAUCCGAAACUCAAGCUGGUGGCUUCCAUCGGCGCCGAAAACGUUAAGACCGAAACGUUCUCUGUGGUGACGUCAUCGGUGGAGAGCGUGGCCAACUUCACGGAGGGCGUGGUUGCCUUCGUCACUGCUAAUGGCUUGGAUGGCCUCGAGGUGGACUGGAGGUGGCCCGGACAAAAUGGGGGUGACAAGGACAAGGAUGACGUCACCACGCUCAUGAAGGUCGUUCGCCUCGCUCUGGACCAGAAGGUGCACAGCGUGAGCCGAAGGACGGCGACGGAAGCUCCUGCCGAAGACACAACGGAAGCCGAGGACGCAACUGAGGGACCACAGGAAGUAACAGAAGCUGAUAAUGUUACAGAGACCUCUACCGACGCCCCAUCGACGACCAUCGCGCCCGAACAGGAGGAUGCGAGCCUCGGGUCAGACUACCUGGUCCUCGAAUCAGGUUCCGAAUACGAGGUGACCCUCCGGCCCGAGAUAGAGGUAAGACUCGAAGACACAGGACACACGAUCAAGGAGAAGAAAGAGGACAGUCAUGGGAAAAAACAAGCAAAGACACCAACACGACCUUACCGUGGAAGCGUUAAGUUCAGCGAUUACUUUAAGCUCUCAGGCGUCCUCACCACCACGGAGACGCCCUCGACAACCCCCUCCUCUGGAUGGAAGAUCGCCAAGUCUUCUCAGGCAUCCGAGAGGAAGGCAAAGCAAGAAGUGGAGAAGAAGGAGAGAGGAGCCAUCCUUAUGAUGACCUUGUCUCCCCAACCCGAGUACCUUGUCAAGGGAUAUGACCUGAAAGCCCUCACUAAGAUUGUGGACUUCUUCAGUCUCCCCACCCACAACCUGACAGAAGAUCGCCCAGAUGCAACCACUGAAACCUUCCACCACAGCCGUCUCAUGGGCGUGUCCGAUCUCGAAAAUGCGGAUUCCCUCGUGGACUUGGUGGUGUCCCUCGGAGUGCCACUGGACCACCUGAUCCUCGGACUGCCAGCCACUGCCGCUGUGUUUACCCUGAAGGACGAAGACCUCAACACCCCCCGUUCCCCGGCCGUUGGAGCCCCCAACUUUAUUCCUUACAGAGAGGCAUGUAUGAUGAUGGAAACCGGAAACUGGACGGUGGAACGCGACGAGGAUCUGACCGGACCGUAUGCCUUCCUGAACACGACGUGGCUGGCCUUCGACGACCCUAUAAGCGCCAUGAUCAAGAGCAAGUAUGUGUUGCUUCGAGGACUGGCUGGUGCAGCUCUACAUAAUUUGGAAAGCGAAGACUGGGACGACCAAUGCAACCAAGGCAAAUACCCUGUCCUGUCAGCAAUACACGAUACAUUUACACAGCUUGCCCGAACACCUCGACGUGCUGUUCUGCAAAGUCUUGUUGAUGAUUUGGAGACUGAGGAGUCCUCCUUCCGGCCAAUAUCUGUUGCUUCCCCAACUGAUCUUCGAAAUUCACCCUUUAGAAUUGUUCGCAUUGUUGAUCGAACUGGAGCUAUUAAGGCAAUCCGAGCAAGUUCUGAGUCAAGGUUCGAGUGCUCCCGUCAAGGCUUUUACCGGGACCCUGCUGAUUGUUCCCAAUUUUACCGAUGUGUAAAAUUCAACCAAUACGUGGAUGACUUCACUGUCUUUGAAUAUUCAUGCCCCUCUGGACUUGUGUUUGAUGAUCGUUGGGAGAUCUGUGCAUGGCCCUCUGCAGCUCCUCCAUGUGAUGGUUCCUCAGAAAUUUUCCCGGUUCCUCGUAGAAAGUUUUCUUGCCCUGGAGAAGGCUACUUCACUGAUCCAGAGAACUGUCGCUGGUUCUUUGCUUGCAGAGAUUACUAUGCGAAUGGAACAUACACUCAGUAUGAGUUUAGGUGUCCAUUUGGACUUGCUUAUGAUGAGGCUAAUGGACUGUGCAACUGGCCCUGGCUUGUGGAAGGUUGUGGACAUACUGGACCAAUCCCCAAUGGAUAUGGUGGUGUGAGUAGUGGUGCAGUCCCAGUUAGCGUAGCUUCCAUUGCUGGAGGUGGAUUCAGCCAAGGCAAGGCAGUAUUUGGAGAUGGGUCUGCUUCUCAGGAUCUGUACGGUGGAAGCAGUGAAAGUUGUGAAGACUGUGGUUCUACUGAACUUGCAAUUGGUGGCCAAGGAGUCUACAAUGCUAACCGAGGCCUUAUUGUUGGUGCAGAUCAGAGCAAUGAACGACUUUCAUAUGGUACCUUCAAAAACACUGGAGUUCCAACCAUCCCUGGAACUGGCUUUAGUGGACAUAGCAGUGGCAGGCAAGGAAACAGUAUUGGCUCUACUGCUUUUGGUUCUUCAUCAAAUAGGAGGCCAAGCAAAACACAAGGAGGAAGGAGGAAGUCCUCUCGCGGUCGGAAUGGUCAGGGAUACAACUACCAGGAGCCUGACAAUGCUUUUAAUCCUGCUGAGGUUUCAGGUGGUUAUGCUGCUCCAAAUUCAGGAUCUAGGAGAAGACCUUCCUCUUCUUAUAAAACUCCUAGUGCAACAACUCGUACACCAACUACUGCUUACCAAUCUGUCACUUCUGCUCCUGCAACCACACCUUCCUCUGGAUAUGUAUAUCCUGAACCAGCUAAUCCUUUCACCUCGGGAAGUUCCAUCCAGGUCUCAAAGCCUUCACCAGUAACUUCUGCUCCAAUCAGGCCAAGCACAUCCUAUUCAAGACCUUCUUCAUCUUCAGAAGAGAGUACUGGUGGUUAUGCAUCAUCAUCUGGACACUCAAGACCUCGACCCUCAAGCGGAAAUGCUAGUCCAGCACCAGUAAACCCAUUCUUAGCUGCUUCAUCCCAUGGGUCAACAGAGUCUUCAGAUGAAGAUGGCUCAGAUGGUUAUGAAUAUGGGGCACCAAGUGGAAAUGCAUUUGAUCCAUUCAGUGCUGGGUCAUCAAGUGGUUCCAGGAAAGGAACUCAGGGAAGCAAAUCAAGAGGGCAUGGUUCACCAGGAAGCACUAGCGGAUCAAGAAAGACGAGUGGCAGUGUAGGCUCUUCCAGUGGAGUAGGACAUUUCACUAUUCCUGGUAGCUCUAGUGGUUCAUCUGGUAGUAGACAUAGCUCUGGAAGUGGUGCAUCAGGAGGUUCCAGGGGAUCAGGAACGCCUGGAUCAAGAGGGUCAAGUGGAUCAUCUGGUGGAUACGCAUACUCAGCUCCUGCAAAACCAUUCGUAACUGGCUCUUCUGGAAGUUCUGACUCAUCUGAAGAAUCUGGAAGCCACUUUGGUGGAUCUGGCACUGGAGCCCAUGGUGGUUCUAGUCACUUUGGUAGUUCAUCAUUGGGUACUGGAGGUCGUGGAGGAUCCAGCGGGUCUAGCCACUUUGGUGGUUCCUCUGGAAGCAGUGGAUCAAGAGGCUCAACUGGAUCAUCGGGUGGAUAUUCAUACUCUGCACCUGCAAAACCUUUCGUAACUGGCUCCUCAGCAGGAUCUGCUGGCUCAUCUGAGGAAGAAGAUGGAUCUGGAUUCCUUGGAGGUUCUGGAAGCCGAGGCAGUUCCAGUGGUUCAAGCCACUUUGGAGGAUCAUCAUCAGGAUCUGGAAGCCGUGGCAGUUCCAGUGGUUCAACCCACUUUGGAGGAUCAGGAUCUGGAAGCCGUGGCAGUUCCAGUGGUUCAAGCCACUUUGGAGGAUCAUCAUCAGGAUCUGGAAGCAGCAGUUCCAGCAGUUCUAGUGGAUCAUCUGGCGGAUAUUCAUACUCUGCACCUGCAAAGCCAUUUAUAACUGGUUCCUCAGCAGGAGCUGCUGGCUCGUCUGAGGAAGAAGGUGGAUCUGGAAGCCGUGGCAGUUCCAGUGGUUCAAGCCACUUUGGAGGAUCAUCAUCAGGAUCUGGAAGCCGAGGCAGUUCCAGUGGUUCAAGCCACUUUGGAGGAUCAGGAUCUGGAAGCGGAGGCAGUUCCAGUGGUUCAAGCCACUUUGGAGGAUCAUCAUCAGGAUCUGGAAGCGGAGGCAGUUCCAGUGGUUCAAGCCACUUUGGAGGAUCAGGUUCAGGAAGCCGUGGAAGUUCCAGCAGUUCUAGUGGAUCAUCUGGUGGAUAUUCAUACUCUGCACCUGCAAAACCUUUCGUAACUGGCUCCUCAGCAGGAUCUGCUGGCUCAUCUGAGGAAGAAGGUGGAUCUGGAUUCUUUGGAGGAUCUGGAAGCCGUGGCAGUUCCAGUGGUUCAAGCCACUUUGGAGGAUCAGGUUCUGGAAGCCAUGGCAGUUCCAGUAGUUCAAGCCACUUUGGAGGAUCAGGUUCUGGAAGCCGUGGAAGUUCCAGUGGUUCAAGCCACUUUGGUGGAUCAUCAUCAGGAUCUGGAAGCCGUGGAAGUUCCAGUGGUUCUGGGCAUUUUAGCAUUUCAUCAUCCAGAGGCUCUAGUUCUGAUGGAUCAUCUGAAGAGGACAGACAUUCUGCUGGUGGAUCUGGCUAUGUAUAUGAAGGUCCUUCCAGUGGUAGCACAUUUGAUCCAUUCAACAGUGGAUCUGGAAGCAGUGGAUCAGUCAGUCACUUUACUGUGUCAGGAUCAGGUUCUAGAAGUGGAUCAUCAAGCCACUUUGGUGGAUCAGCAGGAUCUGGAAGUCAUGGUGGUUCUGGUGAUGCUGGAAGUGGAUCCAAGGGUUCUGGAUUCUUCGGAGGAGCAGGUACUGGAGGUGGACAUGGAAGUGGGUCUGGAUCUGGCCACUUUGGAGGCAUCGGAGGCUCUGGAGGCGUUGGGGGAUCUGGAGGCCGAGGCGGUUCUGGAGGAUCUGGAGGCCGAGGCGGUUCUGGGGGAUCUGGAGGCCGAGGCGGUUCUGGAGGAUCUGGAGGCCGAGGCGGUUCUGGAGGAUCUGGAGGCCGAGGCGGUUCUGGAGGGGCAGGUGCAGGAGGUGGAUAUGGAGGUGGUUCUGGAUCUGGCCACUUUGGAGGCGUCGGAGGCUCUGGAGGCAGCGGUGGUUCUGGAGGAUCUGGAAGCCCUGGAUUCUUUGGAGGUGUUGGUGGAACUGGAGGAGUUGGAGGUGUGGGUUCUGCUGGCCCUAACGGUCCUUAUCGCACUGGCUCUGCAGGAGGGUCUGGCUCUCCCAGCAAGUCCCAAGGAUAUUCAGGCGUUGGUUCCAGGAAAUCCAUUGCUGGCGGACCUUCACUCGUUGCUAAACUGACUCGCGGCAGGAAAUUCCAGAGAUUCGGGCCGGGAGGACGCCGUGACUUUGAUGACACUCUAGGCCCAGAGGUUUGUGAGCGAGCAGGUUUGUUCCGUCACCCAGACACAUGCGACAAGUUCUAUGAGUGUUACUGGGACAAGUGGAUUGAGCGCUUUACUCUCCACGUAUUUGACUGCCCCAUCACCAUUGUAUAUGAUUCUGGCAUCACUGCUUGUAACUGGCCCUUCAACGGCCCCCAAUGCAACGAUGAUAAGCACUAGAUCAGCAACAUCAGAUUUCCACGUUUUUAUCCAAGAAAUUUUAUAAUCUUUACAUCUAAAAAUCUGUAAAACAACGGCAAUAGCAGUGAGCAUCCACCUUUUAUAAAUGGCCUUAUUUUAAUGCCAUGGUUUUCACAUUUCAUAGUGUGUUGCUGUUGUCAAGGGAAAAAGUGAUUAAUAACCAGUAGACUUUUGCAAUGACCAAAUGGAUGCCAUUAAUCUCAAAGUAUUGUAUAAAUGUCUCUGUAACCUGUUGGUGAAGUAGUCGAACACCGAUAGGCUAUUUAUUCAAGAUAUCUAUUUAUUUCGUAUUUAUUAUCAGAGCUUAUGUGACCAAGUGAUCCAUGGUCCCUUAAGUACUCUCUCACCCUUACUUAGGAGUAGCUGUGCAAACAUUCACGAUUCUGUGCCAAAAGAACAACUUACAGUAAUGAUAGGUAUUCCUUUUCACAUUGCAGUAUAUGAAGUAUAUUCCUGGGUGAGAAAAUAUCACGUAAAAUAAAUUGGUCUAUCAGAUAAUACAAUUCAACAUCUGCUUAACAAGGUGCACACAUACACCAGCAUAUUUCCAGGAAUCACUAUGCACAGGCCCAAACGGUGACCUCCUCAUUAAAAAGUAUAAAAUUCUUAUUGAAUCUGUUACUAAAGAAUAAUGAUAAUUGAACAAAUUCACUAUCAUGAUAUCCAGUAGAAGCACAACCCAGGUUUUUAAUCACUUGUGACGAAGAUGUCCACAGUAGAGCAAGAACAAAAGUGACAGGAUACGUCAUGUCUCAGUUGUUUCAAGUGAAGCACCACCAAUACAUAAAAUCUCAAUUUACAUCUUGUACCUUUCAUAUUAGUCUCUAGAUGUAUGUUACCUGAUAUUCAUCAUUUUAAGCCAAUAUUUGUUUAGCUUCUUGUACGUGAUUUCGAAAGAGAAAGCUGCUUUACCUGCUGAAAUUGUGCUUGCGGUCUCCAGCUCAGGGCCUGGUGCCGCGGAAAAGCUUCAACCCCCCUCCCCUCCCCUUUCGUGCUCGCCCAGGAAUCUCUGACUCGGAACUGCUUCGUCGUGCUGUUCGAAACCAGUGGUCAUAGGACUUGAGUUCUCUUCUUGGGGGAAUCCUUGCUUGAUUUCACUGGCUUCUUCGUAUUCAGAUUUUUAAAAAUAUUAAUCGCCUAGUAGAGAUUCCAAUUGCUGCUUGUAUGUUUUCAACAAACCAUGCUGGAUUAUGUUUUUAUAAAGGCACAUCUAUACAUAAUGUAUGUGUAUAUGUAUAUAUAUAUGUAUAUAUAUAUGUAUAUAUAUACAUAUACAUAUAUAUGCAUAUAUGUGUGUAUGUUUUGUAUAAAUGUACAUACGUAAAGUAUAUACACAUACGCAUACGUAUGCACACUAGCGCGCGUUCGUAUGUAGACCAAUGUCUUAACGUAUAAAUGGUCCAAUUUAUCUCCACGCUACUAAUGGGAUGGACGCGGUGCUGCAAUUCUUUGGUGUAAAAUCUCAUUACUGCUGAAAAAAGCACUUCCUUUGCUGGUAAUAACUUUAUCAGCGCUUCCCUUGGUGUCUGUGUUAUACUAUAGAUAUUUUUUUCCCCUUUGCAAAUGCCAUUUUCUUGAAUUAGGGUUUUGUGAUAUUUAUUAUUUCAUACUGUAUAUGAAUUUGCUGAAUUCAUUAAAAUCCAUGUGAUAAUCCUGUACAAUAUCUAAAAAAAAACAUAAUAUAUAUUUUUUUGAAAAUCAUUGUACGAUACUGUAAGUAAUAAUAAAUAUAUUGAUAUUUAUAUA